AUGGAAAACAUCACCAAAAAUGACAUACUGAACGUUUUUCAAGACCAGGAAGUAAAAGAAACAGGGCGACAAUGUUUCUUCAAAGGAUUCUCGGAGACACUGCAGCUUAACUACUUCUAUUAUUCUAACUUUGCUCUUACUCCAGUAACUAUCCUCUUGGCCACGUGGUGUUUCCUGUCAAACGGGUUUGUCCUGCUGAUGUUUAUUAGGGGCAAGCUUCAAUUGCGUGCAGGGUUUUAUUGUCUCUGCAGUUUGACCACGACUGAUGUCUUGUGGUCGGGGUUGGUGAUCCCAUUGUACGCGAGUUUCAGGAUCAAAGAGCUCCUUACUGGCCGAGCUUGUGCCAAUAAAAGCGACUGGGAUAAUCCCAUUAUGGUUACAUCUUUCUUUCUUUGUGUAUUUUCUACGGUGGGAACUCUUGGCGUAAUGAGCGUAGAUCGGUAUUUGGCUGUUUCCAAACCGAUGUGGUACAAAGUGGUCAUCAAAAAUCGCCACAUUAUAACAGCUUGCUGUGGAGUGUGGCUCAUUACGUUGGCAAUGGUGAUCCUGAAACAAAUCGUCCUCUUUCCUCGAAAGGUGGUCGAGCUAUUUGAGGCAUGCUACAUGGUGAUUUGUUCCUCCCUGAUCAUCGUCCUUCAGCUCUUCACCCUCAUGGGGCUUCGCAAGCACAACAAUGGAGUGGCAAACUUGGUUGAAGGAAGCGCCCAAAGGAACAACCGCGGAAACGCCCUGGAGCGCAGGCUGGCCAUCCUCACUCGCCAUGUUGUUGGUCUACUAGGGAUAAUUCUUAUCCCUGUGUGUAUAUUAGUGGUUGUGUCGAACAUUCUUCGAACGAACCUCAGCCCCUUUGCAGAGCCCUUGUAUUUUACUAUGGCUACACUGUGCUCUGGUAUCAACCCUGUGCUGUACUACAGAGGGAAUUCUCAGAUAAGACAAGGAAUUACAAGCCUUGUGAAAUGCCACUGA